UGUUAUUCUUCGUGCUUUUUCAAGUCAAUUAUUGAAACAAGAAUCGAAUUAUACUAUCGGCAUAAUAAAUUACUACCGUUAAACACAGUUUUUUACGUUUCACGCGUGUGAAUCUGUUAGUGUUCUUUCCGUUCUGUCUUUUCUUAAAGUUCAUGAUCCAAGAGUGACAGAAUCGAGUGGAAGAAUGUUUAAUCGCGAUACCGCGAUACACCUCGUUGCUGGAGGAGUGGCUGGAACAACUGGUGCUAUAGUUACCUGUCCUUUAGAAGUGGUCAAAACGCGUCUACAAUCCUCAUCCUCCGGUUUCUAUCCACCUCCGAUAAACAAGGAACUUACUUCUGGUCAUGUCACGUGUAAAAGUUUCCCAAAACCGGAACAAAGGAGGAGGUUAUGUACUGGAGGUUAUACAAGGCAUGCUUUAAUUGCUUUCUCCCACUUUGGCGCAUCCGCUUCUUCAGGAGGGUCUCCUCACAGUCACUCCGCGCCUGGUGUAUACCAAUGUAUCAGAUAUAUCGUUCAGAAUGAGGGUAUGCGUGCCCUGUUCAAAGGAUUGGGUCCUAAUCUCAUAGGGGUUGCACCGUCCAGGGCAAUUUACUUCUGCGCCUACUCGAAAAGUAAAGUCACCUUCAACGCGAUUUUUCCCCCAGAUACCGCUCUGGUACAUGUGUUCUCUGCAUUCUGCGCUGGUUUCGUGGCAUGCACGUUGACAAAUCCUAUUUGGUUUGUGAAGACCAGGCUACAGCUGGACCAUCGAACAAACAAAAUCACUACGAAGGAGUGUAUGGAAAGGAUAUAUCGCCAAUCGGGUAUCCUAGGAUUCUACAAAGGCAUUAUGGCCUCUUACAUAGGAAUAAGCGAGACUGUGAUACAUUUUGUGAUCUACGAGGCUGUGAAAGCUUCUUUAGCAGCAUACAAAACUACUGGCACAAACAAUCGCAAAACAUUACGCGAUUUCUUAGAAUUUAUGGCGGCGGGGUCGUUUUCAAAAACGAUCGCUUCUACCAUCGCUUACCCCCAUGAAGUAGCAAGAACGAGACUUAGAGAGGAAGGUACUAAAUACCAGACUUUCUGGCAAACGUUGAGCACUGUCUACGCUGAAGAAGGGUUACAUGGUUUAUAUCGCGGUCUUGGUACACAUCUGAUCAGGCAAAUCCCAAAUACAGCAAUCAUAAUGGCAACGUAUGAAGCGGUGGUAUACCUGCUGAGUAGGCAUUUUCACCAACACUCGUUAAAUAUGAGCAAUGGAAGUGAAUCUAAGUUCUACACAGAUCCGAAGAGCAAACGGGAACUAGCCUAGGACUUACUCACAGCCCCUGAGUAAAGGGCAAAUAGCUCCCAUUAUGUGAUGAAUUCUAAAGUUGCAUCUGUUCAAAAAAGAAAGCAAACAAAAUGAACAACAAGAACAACAGCGCCGUCCAAGAGAGCGUCCAGACACCGAAA